UUGGCGGGCGGGGCCGGGCCGGGCCGGGCGCGCCGAGGCGGGGCCCAUGGAGCUCGAGAACAUCGUGGCCAACACCGUGCUGCUCAAGGCCCGCGAGGGUGGCGGUGGCAGCCGGAAGGGCAAGAGCAAGAAAUGGCGCCAGAUGCUGCAGUUUCCCCACAUCGGCCUGUGCGAGGAGCUCCGGCAGACCCUCGAGCGGGACUACCACAACCUGUGUGAGAAGCAGCCCAUCGGGCGUGCACUGUUCCGGCAUUUUUGCGAGACACGGCCCGAGCUGUCACGCUGUGUCAGGUUCCUGGAUGCUGUGGCUGAGUACGAGGUGACGCCCGACGAGAAGCGCAGGGAGUGUGGGCAGCGCCUUAUCGAGAGCUUCCUGAGCCCUGAGAGCACAGAUCAUGUGGCCGAGAUCCCCGCGCAGCUGGCGGGUGCAUGCUGCAAGAGGCUGGAGCAGGAGUCCUCUAAGGAGCUCUUCAAGGAGUCCACCAGGCUCAUCCACGACUACCUGAGCGUGGCUCCCUUCGCCGACUACCUUGAUAGCUUGUACUUCAGCCGCUUCCUGCAGUGGAAAUGGAUGGAAAGACAGCCCGUGACCAAAAACACCUUCCGGCAGUACCGCGUGCUGGGCAAGGGCGGCUUUGGUGAGGUGUGCGCCUGCCAGGUACGGGCCACGGGGAAGAUGUAUGCCUGCAAAAAGCUGGAGAAGAAGCGCAUCAAGAAGCGGAAGGGGGAAGCCAUGGCCUUGAAUGAGAAGCAGAUCCUGGAGCGAGUGAACAGUAGGUUUGUAGUGAGCCUGGCCUACGCCUACGAGACGAAGGAUGCGUUGUGCUUGGUGCUUACACUCAUGAAUGGGGGUGACCUCAAGUUCCACAUCUACCACAUGGGUGAGGCUGGCUUCGCCGAGCCCCGUGCUGCCUUCUACGCUGCCGAGAUCUGCUGUGGCCUGGCUGACCUGCACCAUGAGCGCAUCGUGUACCGGGAUCUGAAGCCAGAAAACAUCCUGCUGGAUGACCACGGACACAUCCGCAUCUCAGAUCUGGGCCUGGCAGUGCAUGUGCCUGAAGGGCAGACGAUCAAGGGUCGUGUGGGCACUGUGGGCUACAUGGCUCCCGAAGUGGUGAAGAAUGAGCACUACACGUUCAGCCCGGACUGGUGGGCUCUGGGCUGCCUCGUGUACGAGAUGAUCGAGGGGCAGUCACCCUUCCAGCAGCGCAAGAGGAAGAUACGGCGGGAGGAGGUGGAGCGGCUGGUGAAGGAGGUGCCAGAGGAGUACUCGGAGAAGUUCUCACCCUGUGCCCGCUCCCUCUGCACCAUGCUCCUGUGCAAGGAUCCACUGGAGCGGCUGGGCUGCCGUGGCGACGGAGCGCAGGAGGUGAAGGAGCAUCCUCUCUUCAGGCACCUUAACUUCAAGCGGCUGGAGGCGGGCAUGCUGGAGCCUCCAUUCAAGCCAGACCCCCAGGCCAUCUACUGCAAGGAUGUGCUGGACAUCGAGCAGUUUUCCACGGUGAAGGGAGUGGAGCUGGAGCCCAUAGACAACGACUUCUACCAGAAGUUUGCCACAGGCAGCGUACCCAUCCCCUGGCAGAACGAGAUGGUCGACACAGAGUGUUUCCAGGAGCUAAAUGUCUUCAACGCAGAUGGCUCAGUGCCCCCCGACCUGGACUGGAAGGGGCAGCCAUCCCCGCAGCCCAAGAAGGGCCUGCUCCAGCGUCUCUUUAGCAGACAGGCCUGCUGUGGGAACUGCAGCGACAGCGAGGAAGAGCCCACCCGGCUGUAGGGCCGCCUGUUCGCCGGCCUCGGGACCCUCUGGCGCCGGCGGUGCUGUGGGCUGAGCUGCCCGGGGGAGCUGCUGCCCUGCCUGGGGUGUUCGCAGUUUGCACACUGGCUGCAGAUGCAGCUGCGGGCAGCGCCAUGCUCCCUGCCUGGGGUUCCUAGACCCAGGGCCUCCAUGCAGCGGCCAGCGCGUCGUGGGACAUGGCUGCCUCAUGGCUGCAGCGUGGAGGGCUCAUGCUGUGGCUGCUUCCCCCCGCUGUUGGGGCACUCGGAGGCCUUGCAGGAGCUGGCCAGGAACGUGGUCCAGAGGCGCUGGCAGCUUAACCAUGUCAGCAGCUGUCUGUGUGUGUUGAGCCUGCCCCGUUCUGAACUUUCCCCGUGGGCUGCAGGUGUUGCUGCACCUGCUCUGCCCGGGAGCCUCACUGUGCUGGCUCUGCCUGCUGCUGCUGGUGCCUGGAUGCAUCAGGGUGUUGCCUUGGGCCUGUGAGUUGCAGCCUGGGGCCCCCAUGGAGCAAUGCAGCAGUGCCCCAGCGGGCACGGGCAUCUCUGUGCACAUUCACCCCCAGGCCUCAGGUCUGGGAAGCUGCUAUGCCAAAGCAUUUGCCAAUAGAGCUGGGCACUUCGAUGCCAUGGUCAUCCCUUGCCCCAGCCCAGAAGCUGCAAUCAUCCCUUGCCCCAGCCCAGAAGCUGCAAUGGAUGCUGCUGUGCUGUGGCAGGUGCAGGCAUGGGGCUGCUCCAGCCUGGGCUGGCAGAGGACUGGGCCCAGGGCAGUGUGUCACCCCAGGGAUGUGGUGGGAAGUGCCAGUGCCUGGGCAGCGGCUGCAAGCUGAGCUUGCUGCCUGUGCUGGCCUGAGGAACUUGCUGCUGCCAAAGGCUAGCUGUGCCAAAGGCUUCUCUGGCAGCUGCUGCUGUCUCUGGGUCCUUGGCUGCCCUCAUGCCUUGGGGCACAGGGCCCUGCGGACCUGCUCGCCCCUUCCAUGGAUGCCUGUCCUGCCCGUGGCACGUGCUGCCCGGCCUGGCCCUGGGCGUCCUGCGCUUGCCUUGCACUGAUGUUGGACUAUUUAAAUGUUUUUUACCCUCA